AUGGCCGAGUUUAGACUCAAAGACAUUUCCUCCCUAGAUCUUAAGAAUGGAGACAAAAUCGAGGCAGAGGUGGAGGGUAUCGAGGGUGGGAAGGUUUUGCUGGUCAAGCUCAAUGACAAGGUGCAAGCGAUGAACGCCAACUGCACGCAUUAUGGAGCUCCGCUGAAAAAUGGCAUCCUCACCCCGGAAGGUCGUCUAACGUGCCCAUGGCAUGGAGCUUGCUUCAACGUUAUGAACGGGGAGAUAGAGAACGCCCCGGCGCCCGACCCGUUGACUAAAUUCGAUGUUCUGGUAAAGGACGGCGGCGUAUACAUCAAAGGCGAGGAAAGCUCUAUCAAGAGCGGCAGACGGCAGCCCAACGUCGAAUGCUCCGCUCAAGGCCAGGACAAGGUCGUUAUUGUUGGGGGUGGAUCGGGCACAUUUGGAGUUGUUCAGCAGCUUCGCGUAUCAGGCUACAAAGGAUCAAUCACUCUUAUUAGUCACGAGCCCAACCUUCCAAUUGACCGAACGAAACUGUCCAAAGCUCUUAUCCCAGAUCCCAACAAAAUCCUUCUCCGCAGCAAGGAGUGGUAUUCCAAAGCGUCCAUUGAGGUUAUCUCGGACACAGUGACCUCAAUCGAUUUCUCCAAUAAAUCAGUCUCUACGAGGUCCGGCUCCCAGAUCCCUUAUACCAAACUCAUCCUCGCCACAGGUGGAACGCCAAGAGUUCUACCACUGCCUGGCUUCAAGGAAUUGAAAAAUGUCUUUACUUUGAGAACGAUCAAUGAUGUAAAAGACAUCCUCGCAGCUGUAGGCGACAAGAAAGGCAAGAAGGUCGCCAUCGUUGGAUCGUCCUUUAUAGGUAUGGAAGUAGGAAACUGCCUGUCCAAGGAGAACACGGUCACCAUCAUAGGCAUGGAAAAAGCCCCUCUCGAACGCGUCAUGGGCGAAGAGGUAGGCAAGAUUUUCCAAAAGCAACUGGAGAAGAAUGGCGUACAGUUCUACAUGGGCGCUUCCGUCGAAUCCGCAAGACCAUCGGAGAACGACAAAAGCGUGGUAGGUGCCGUGACAUUGAAAGACGGUGCCUCGAUAGAGGCCGAUCUUGUCAUCUUGGGUGUUGGAGUCGCACCAGCGACCGAAUAUCUCAAAGACAACGACCGCAUAAGGCUAGAGAAGGACGGUUCGUUGCGUGUGGAUGAGAACCUCCAGGUUGAGGGACUGGAAGAUGUCUUCGCCAUCGGUGAUAUUGCAACGUAUCCUUAUCACGGCCCAGGCGGUGAUGGCAAGCCCACUCGCAUCGAACACUGGAAUGUCGCCCAGAACCACGGUAGAUCUGUCGGCCACACCAUCGCCAAACCCACCGCUGACAAACCCAAACACUUCAUCCCAGUCUUCUGGUCCGCGCUGGGCUCUCAGCUUCGCUACUGUGGCGCCACCCACAACGGCUGGGACUCGUUGGUCCUCAAGGGCGAGCCCGAGAAUGGCAAGUUUGCUGCCUACUAUGCCAAGGGGGAUACGGUGGUGGCGGUGGCCACGAUGAUGAUGGAUCCGAUUAUGAGCAAGUGUGCGGAGCUGAUGGGGAGGGGGAAGAUGCCUGGAAGAGCGGAGCUGGAGAGGGGGGUAAAUCCGUUGGAGGUGGAUUUGGUGGGCUAG